AGUGGUAUUUUAUCUAGAAAGAUAAAUUCAGGCUCAUGUAAAUAUUCUGUGUCAGAAACGAGAUAAAGAUGUCAAGUACAAAUCUUAAUCUGUAAAAAAUGUCAAAAUAUACCUUGUACGUCAUUGUCUCUUAAGGGAAGUGAUGGAAAUGCUGAUAACGCGUCGUAAUCUGACGAGAACUGAUAACGACAUUCUAGAAACUCCCCGUUGUCGUAACGCAAUAUUCCCACCGUCCCCAAAGGCAGCAGCGUGUUGAGCUCGUCGACACCAGCAGCGAGCAGCCGUCAGCAGCCAAGUCCCAGCACUCAGGCCGAAGAGACGACCGUCCGAGAGGCCGCUUGGAGCCGACGUUUCCCAUCACUAGGGGCCCAGAGCACAAAACAGAACCAUGACGGAAUACUACCACAUAUUGGGAGUUCAUAAAAAUUCAUCACAAGAUGACAUCAAAAAAGCGUACAGAAAACUAGCUUUGAAAUGGCAUCCAGACAAGAAUCCAGAUAACAAGGAGGAAGCUGAGAGGAGAUUUAAAGAACUGUCAGAGGCAUAUGAGGUUCUCUCAGAUGAAAACAAAAGGAAUAUUUAUGACCGAUACGGUAAAGAAGGUCUGUCUGGAGGUGGUGGAGGAGGUCAUCAUGAUCACUUUGGUGGCAGCACCUUUACAUUCCGAAAUCCUGAGGAUGUUUUCAGGGAGUUCUUUGGUGGCAGGGAUCCAUUUGCACAUUUCUUUGCUGAUGACCCAUUUGACAACUUCUUUGGGGGAAGUCACAGUCGCCACACAGGGAUGAGCAGAAGUCGGAUGGAUAAUGGCUUUGGAGCCUUCCCCGGAUUCAGCUUCUCAGGGUUUAAUUCAGGUUUUAGUUCAUUUGGGGACAUGGGCGGAGGCUUCAGCUCCUUCUCCUCGUUCGGAGGCGGAGGAGGCGGCGGCGGCGGUGGAGGGAUGGGUAACUUCAGAUCCGUGUCCACCUCCACGACGUUCGUCAACGGCAAAAAAAUCACCACGAAACGGAUCGUGGAGAAUGGACAGGAGCGUGUGGAAGUGGAGGAGGAUGGUCAGUUAAAGUCCUUAACAGUCAAUGAGCUGCGAGCCGAGGAACCUCGGGAGGACGAGUUCCGUCGCCACAGACAGAGCGCGCUUCCUGGCCUGGGCCUGCACCAGCGCUAUCUGAGAAAUCCCUCAGAGGAAGAGGAGGAGCACGGCCUGCAGAGUCUGGCUGUAACAAGAGGUCACACAGACUCAAAGAGGAAGAAACCCUGGCAGAAGGAGGCAGAGUCCAGACGGAAACGUGUGCCACGACUUGUUCCCAGAUUCAGCGGAUUUGGCUCCUUUUUUUGAGGACACUUGAAGAUCCAAGCACUUAAACACAGACACAUACGUUUCCUGCCUGAAUGCCAAGUGUAAAAAUUUUGUUGGAGAUUUUAGAUGCGUAUCUCAGUGUUUGACUUUCGGAUGAGUAGAUAGGCCACAUUAGUGCGCGCCACACAUGACGUAUACCCUCUUGUUCAUGUUUUUAAGUGUCAUUUUAAGAUUUCAAAUGAAUAAAGUCAGACAGAGAAGGGAAUUUUAGGUUGAACAUGAGGAUUUGGGAAUAUGACAUGUCUCAAAUUGAAGUUCUCGGGGGGCAAAUCUGGCCUACAGAUUCAUUUGUUUUCCAGCCAAUGAGAGCUUGAAACAGUCAAAACUGGGGUCAGUGUUAAUCUGAGGCUCCACUGCAUAUUGUGAUAUGACUGUGUCACUGUUCUUGCUUCACACUUAAACAGCCGGGACAGUUCGACGCCACCUAUUAACCAGAAACUUGCAAAUACGAGAAGUAGAAGGUGGAGAAUUUGAAAAUAAAUAGAAAGCGAAACUUACACAAACAUAUGUCUGCUGAAUUUAGCCUCCAGGAAUGACACUGUUGGGGCUCAUAUUUCCUCUUAAUGUUUGUUGACUUUUCAGUUCAUAAAAUCCAUAACAUCUUCAUUUUUCAGUCAGCUCAAUUGCAUCAAAUAGAAACACUAUUAAAGCCUAAAGAGGUGAAUAUCUUGAAACCUACAAAGUCAGAUAUCCCCAUAUCAUGACCCCCGAAACAUAUUCUAAUACCUGGAUGAUUUCUUCGAGUUUUUGGUUUGAUGCUUUUAUUUUGCUAACUUAGUUUCUAGGUGAUGUGUACGCAAGUGCCUGAGUUUCGCGCAAGAGAUGAGCAGCAGAGUACCGAACCAUGAUGAAGGGAAUGAGUUGGAUGAAGGGGCAAAGAAGCAGAAGGUGGUAAACAGGUUGAGGCGCACACAUUUAUACUGUAAACAAAUGGUUGUGCUGUUUGUAAAUGCAAAUGAAUCUUUUUCCCUUCCUGUUCAGGUGGGGUUUGGGAGUGGGGGGAGUUUUGACUGCUGUAAGACAGACACGGUGCAGCUGUGAAGAUACUACGAAUAUUUUUUUCGAAGCAUUUAAAGACUUAGCUGGUGUGAGAAUGACAGAAAUAGACCUUUCUACGCUAAUACCAUGUUUCCCUUGGAAUAUAUGAGGCUUAUUACAGCAGCUCCUGGUUCCUACAUCACCCUGACGAUCAGCCAUUAUUAGCCUCGAUAAUCCCACUGAGCAAACACUCCCUCGUCCCUUUGUGAGAUUCGUCAGUGAGCACCGUUCUGAAGACGCCGUCCUCAGAAACGCUUCGUUUGCCUCUGACCAACCUUGUGCUUUGUGAACAAAUUCAAUUUCUAUGUAAGCCAUUAAA